AGAGAGAGAUGGACAUUCAUCGCGUCUUGGUGUUCUUAGUAUUGUUGACAUGUGUCGUUGGUACACUUUCAUCAUCGGACAACGAUCGGGCCGUUCCAAAUUCGGUAAAACGAAAUCGAAGAUACGCCUUAAGCGAAUUUUUGAUUCCACCGCCUUUACCGCAAACGCCAUCACGCGUAUUUCCCGGAGGAAGAACUGGGCGAACUGCUAAUCCAAAUCCUAUUGAAUCUCCGGGUUACUUCUCCAAGUUUAUUAGUUGGUUAAAUCCAUUUACAAGUGGUACUUCUGUUGAAACACCACCACCACCACCUCCGGAUACGCUUCAUCCACCAAAGUUUCUACAAUCGCACGUACCACCGUUACCACCACCACCACCAUCCCCACAACAAACACUACCAUCGUCUGCUGGAUUUCCGUUAGCAACUCUCCAAAUUUACAAUGCACCAAUACCUCCUGUUUUUGACAGGCCACCUUUACCGCAACCACCAACGCCUUCGGAUAUUUACAACAAACUGAAGCCACAAGUCAAAGACAAGAAUUGUAAUCCGUGUAACAAAGUUCCUUGGUUGCCUAUGAAUUAUCAAGAAACUUAUCUUCCGCCUCAUAAUCAAGGAUUAGUUGCUGCCGCAUCUCAGGAAGUUAAAGUACCGGAUUUCUUUUACGCACCGCCAUUAUUGCCCGAACACAAUGGGCAACAUUCAUCGGUCGGGCCAUUACCUAAUCCACAUUUGUAUCCAGGACCUAUGCCUCCUCUGUUCAAAGCAGAAUUAUUCGAUUAUAAUUCCCAAUCGAAUUAUCCCGUUAAUGGAAAUUUACAACAUCACGAAAUACCCGCCGUAUCGGGUGUUCUCGAAAGUAGUUCAUCAUUACCAUUAAUACCGAUCUAUCAAUCGAAUAAUUCCGGUGAUAGGAAUUUAGGUAUUCCACAAGAAGGGCAAACCAUUUUUGAAAGUCAUCAAGUGUCCGAUUCGAGAUUAAGUCAAACUGAUUUUGUUAAUCAAGGAUACAGUCAUUCGAAUUCUCAAACCGCUAAUGGAGUUCAGAUAGAUUCAUUUUCCAGUGCUUCUCACGAGAAUCAACAAGGAUCCAUAGCUUAUCCAAACCACAAUCAAGAAAAUGAUGGCACGGUGAUUAAACAACAUUUCGAUGCGGCUGGAAUAAAUCAAUUUUCUGAGCCUAACGUUUCUGGAAAUUUCGAACAGACGAAUUUUGGGAAUAAUCAACAAUUCGUUGAUACUUCCGGAUUGGAUUUCCAAAGGACAGAUCAAACUAUUUCACCGUCUGCUAUUGGAAACGAUCCGUCUUACGGUUUUGGAAAUACGGGAUCGGGACAGCAAACUUACAAUGGUGAUAUUAUUUCGUCUAAUAUCGGUACGGUGGAAGAUUCUCAUGCAUCGAGUACCGGUGGUUUUUCAAACGUACAAAAUCCAAUAUAUUUCGAACAAUCCCCAUUGACCGAUUUGACAAAAACGAGCGAAAGUCGUACGGAUUCUCCCUCGAUAUCAUCAUCAUUAUCAUCUUCUUCUAAUUUCAUUGAUAUCGAUGAAAAAUUAAAUACUCAGACACCUUCUUAUUACGAAUCAAGUUCGAAUUCAUUCCAAAUACAAGAGAAAAUUAAUCGAUUAGCGUUAUUGGAUAACAGUAAUACUAGUUAUCCAAAUUAUUCAACUGAAAGUACCGUAAUCAGAGAUUUGUUUGGAAUUAAUCAAAUUAAUGAACAAAAGUGGACGAAUAAUAAAGUUUUAACUAAUAAAGCUUUGCAAAAUUUGGAUACUUCGUUAGUCGCACCGCAAGCACAGUCAAUCGCCGAUUCUUGGUUAGUCGUUUUGUCGACGACUAUGAGAACGAUACAGGAUGAAACUUCGUUAGAUAAUUUAGGAAAUAACAAUGAUGCGAACGGACAAAAUCAUAGUUUACAACAAUACGGGGGAAAUAAGAGAAAUAAACAGGUACAGGUAAUAAUUCCAUAUACAUCGCAAUAUACACCAUUACCUUUCCAUUCAUCUUACGAUAAUAAAGAUAACGUUGAACGAACACAAUCACGGACAAUAUCAUUUGACGAUAUAUCGAAUCGUGACAGUUAUGUCAGUCAAGAAUCUAGAAAUGAGAACAAGGUGAUGAGUAUUCCAGAAACUGCGACAAUAUCCGGUGAUUUUGAUACUUUAAACGAUUAUACAAAGAAAGUGGAAACAACGACGGUACCGGUUUCUAAUGUUAUUACAAAAAAGGUUAAUAAUUCGAUAGACGUUCAUAGAUUACAAAAGAAUAUCGACAAUUGGACUAUACAGGAAUAUUCGCGGGGAACAACGUUUAGCACGAUAUUACCUAGUUUCUCUCGUCCUUAUUUGCAACCGUCGAAAAAAAUACCCAACGAGUAUUUCACGACAACGGAAUCCGGUGAACACGCGAAAGAUCGCGAAGAAAGUGUCAAAUCUUUUGCAUUGGCUGGAUUUAGUUUUAACGAUAUCGAAGAUGAGGGACCUAACUCGGUCGAGGAAACUAGAAUACAGACUGUACGCGCUGAUAAUCCAACGAUCAGAAACGAAUCGAAUACGUUUAAUGUAAACGAAGAUAAAUCGAGAUCUAACGAGACUACGAGUAAGUCAGAAAAUUCUUGGAAAGAUUUUCCAGUAUCGAUAUCAACGAUCGAUAAGGAACGAGUAUACGUCGUGACACCUCAGACAACUGCGACGAUUGCAACGAAACAUCGCGUGGAAGAUAAUAAUAAAUCGAGCAUAAAUAGUUCACAGAAGAGAGAUGAUAAUAAUAAUAAUAACGAAGUUAAUACGAAUAACGUCAAGAACAAACAGGAUGAAUUCGAAAAGAUAGAACGUGCCUAUCAAGUAUUACCGCAAGCUGUAAAUAAUUUAGCAGUUGCUUCGACGGGUCCUGAAACCCUUCCUUUAUGGGGUAUAAUGGAACACGAAGAGUUUGCUUCGUUGAUACAUAAUUCUGAUGAUAACAACGACGAUGAAUCAAUUGUGGCGCCUAUCCUUUAUGCAGGACAUUCCAAGGUUUCACGUGCUAGACGAUGACUAGAGAAAUAAUUUUUGAUUAAAAAGAAGUAAAGACUCUUUGUGCUUUUGUGUUUUAUCGCUGAUAUAAUUUGUGCAACGUAUUAUAGAUAAGUAAUAUUUGCACGAUCGUCGAGAAGCGUCCUUAAUUAUCAAAACUUUCCGUUCGAUGCGAACAUGAUCAAGAAAAUGAUGACGACGAAGAAGAAGAAGAAGAAGAAGUCGGUCAGGUGGUAAGUCAAGGAAUACGGACAAACCACAAUUUCUCUCGUAGGCGAGAUAUUUAAUUUAAAUAUACAUCGACAAGUAAAUAAUUAAAUUUAAGAUUAGUAUUAAACUCGAAUGUGUGAUUGAUAGCGAAUGAUGAUGAUGAUGAUGAUGAUGAUAAUAAUGAUGAUGAUGAUUUGAGAAUACCAAACACGUAGUGUUUUGUUAUUUUCUUUAUCAGCCAAUAUACGGUAACGUAAUA